AUGGAAUCGGACGGAGAGCGUGAUGCCGGAUACAACCAUUACAAUUCUCCUCAGCAUCAACCGCAACAGAGCUACCAUCGGAAUUACGAGGAAUAUGUCCACCCGAUGCAGCAGCAGCAGCAACAACAGCAGCAACACAAUCCGGCGGCCAGUUCGCCGCUAUCUACCCUCUCCCAACACGGCAGCAUGUUGGCCCCGCAGAGCCCCAGCAUGCUCGGAGGCAGUAAUGGCAUGAUGCCUUCGCCGCUCAUGCAGUCUCACUCGCCACUACUCUCGUCGAACGCAUCCCUGCUCCAGUCACAGUCCCCGCUGCUGUCCAGCUCACCGCUAAUGAGCCAGUACAGUCCCUACCAUCACCAGGAUGUGCCGAUGCCGACGAUUCUGCCCCAGGACGAACCGGGUGGCGGUGGGGGAGGUUGGGGAGGGUACGCCUUAACUGCGGCCGGUCCUUACCAGAGCGAGUUCUGUGCGUCGAACUAUGGUGUGCUGCAUCAACGGCAGGCGUACGGUGGUCCCCACGGUCCGGGUAAGCUUGGACCGCACGGUGGGCUCAAGAGCGCCAAGGAGGCGCGCAUCCGGCGGCCCAUGAAUGCGUUCAUGGUGUGGGCCAAGGUCGAGCGGAAGAAGCUCGCAGACGAGAAUCCCGAUCUGCACAAUGCCGAUCUCAGCAAAAUGCUAGGUAAAAAGUGGCGCUCUCUAACGCCCCAGGAUCGACGUCCGUACGUGGAGGAAGCGGAACGGCUACGGGUGAUUCACAUGACCGAACAUCCCAACUACAAGUACCGUCCACGGCGCCGGAAGCACGCCAAAGCUAGGGCAGGUCCCGGUACCGGACCUGCCGGUACUGCAGGUUCUCUCGGCACAGGUCCGACUGUCGGUGGAAACAGUCAGGGUUCUGCAGCUGGAGCCAACCUCACGGUGAACAAUUCGUCCCCAAGUGAGCUAAACUACGGCGACGGUGACUCAUCGCAGCGUAUGAGUCCGUUCACGUACAACCCGCACUAUUAUGCUGGCAGCAACAACGCACUCAACACGCCCGACUCGAGCCCCACGCAGAGUCCGGAACCGAUCGCCGUCCCACCGACGGUCGGAAGUCGCAAGCUGGCCGCCGUAGCCGCAGCUGCAAAUGGAGGUGUUGCUACCAAUGGAGACGCUGGCCAGAAGAUGGAGGACGUGUCGUCAGCUCUGCCCACACCGGAGAUGAGCCCGUUGGAGUUGGAGAAGGAGCCGGGCUUUGGCGGUGGACUGCAUUCGGCGCACGCCGGUAGUUACGAUGACCUGAAGAGCAAGCAAAAGCUCACAUACGAUGGGGUGUAUGGCGUGAAGAGUGAGCAGAAGUUGCCAGCCACCUUCCCGUCACAUGCGUACGAUCAUGAGACGCAUCAUUCACAUCAACAGCAGCAGCAGCAGCAUCAUCAGGGUCAACACCAUCACCACCAGCAGGACGGUCUGGUGAAGCGUGAAUAUGGUGGAUUCGGGCUCGGUGGUGAUAAGCGGUACUCGUACGAAGGUGUUGGUCAACUGGUGAACGGAGGCGGUCUGCACGAGAAGCGCAACUAUCUGUCGGCGAGUUCCGGGUCGACGACGACCACAGCCAUGGUGAACGGGAUGUACGUGAUGUGCACGAACCGUAGCAUUCUGGACCAGGGCCACAUCGUCACUGGAACCUACUUCCCGCCAUUGGCCACAUCCGAGGAUCAUCAGACACUCGGGACUACCACCAUGACGACGAGCAGCCAUGGUCCACAUCUCAGUACAAACAAUCACAGCAGUGGCAACAGCAGCAACAACUCGAGCACUCCGGGGACUCCGAGUCAGCUGAAAAACUCCAACGGAUUACUGGGCGCAGGAGUGUCCACCUCAAACACACAGAUGUCACAGAUCAAUAACAGCAAUGUACAGCACCUGCAGCAACAACAGCAGCAGCAGCAGCAGCAACAACAACAGGCAGCCAACGAUCAACUCAAUAGCUACUACGGUACGGCGUCACUACCGAACGGAACACUGCCGACGUACUCGUACGCCUACAAAGACUAUGGCAUCAUGUACGAGACGCACCCCCUCGCGGGCCAGGACGUAGAUGCGGUGGAUGCGCGUGAUCUCGACAAGUAUCUGAAGUAUCCGGACAGUAAUCACAACUUCAACGGGUACGACAGUGCAUCCUACCAUCAGCAGACAGCCUCCUCACCUGCGGGUGGCUCCAUCUAUGGGAUAUCGCAGGGCGAGUACUACGCCUACGGCGGUACCGUCCUUGCUCAUCAGUCUCCACAGCAUCAGACGCAAGGGCAGCAUCAACAGCAGCAGCAGCACCAACAGCAGCAGCAACAGCAGCAUCAACACCAACAGUCCCAUCAGCUAUCCUUGCCCACAAACGGAGGACAGACCAUUCCGAAGCUCUCGGACGUCAUGCUACAGGGUGGUCCCGGUUCGCAUCAACUCCCUUCAACGCCCGUGGCCCUCUACGCGCUGCCACAGCUGCAACACGCACAACAUCUUGCCGCAACUGCUGGUGGUGGUGGUGGAUCCGGCGCACAGGUCGUCACCGUUCCGCACGGUGUACAUCCGCUAGGUCCAAAUGGCACCAUGGCGGACAUCUACGUCGCCAACGAGCAGCAGCUGAAGGACGACGAGUUUAGCAACAUUCUGGCCGGUGUGCGCAAAACCUGCUACAGCAACUAGUGUGCGAGCGAGAGCGAGGGAUUCUUUUUAACGUGGAAAUACUCAAGAGGACAGAUCCUUUUCCAAAGGUAGUAGCUUCAUUUCAGUAUAUAGCUGUGGCGUUCCUUCACACGGCUUCAAAUUCACAUUCUUCACUCGUUACGGUACUGCAAUCGAUUAGGUUUAAUGUUUUGUAUAUGAUAAAUUAGUAUCACAUAACCUCUCCUCCUUCACCGCUCCCCGAUCCUUCUCUCCCUCCCUGGCACAUUCGUUGGCACCCACCGAAAUUCCAUCAAUUCGAUGUUCUAAGCAUGGGGGGGGGGGCGUUCAAAGGAAUGGGAACCCCGCAUACACGCGCAUACGAGUGAACCAAAGGUUUUGCUUUUCGCACACAGUGAGCAAUAGCAAGUGUAGCUGCUAAACGUAACGUAACGUAAUUAGUGUAACAGUGUUCGCAUAUUAUAGCAACACUGCAUAAGUUAUAUCUUCACCUUAUUUCAGACACUUUUUUAUCGUAUUUUUGUGCUACAUUUGUUUAUUAGUGGUGUUUAUUAGAAUGUUUCGUGAGGAAAGCCAUUUCCUUUCCACUUGAAAAUACUGUACAGAACGAAGAAGUAGACAAAUACAAAAUUAUAGCAAAACAAAAAAACACACAUAAAUGAUAUAAAAGAAGAAAACAGAAGACAAAAAAAUGAACAAUCACUAGAGCUUUCGAGCUGUAAGUAGUGGAAACGUAUCAUCGCAUUCCGCUGUAGAAUAAUGAUCGUAGAUUAGUGGAUGAAACAAAAAACAUGAUUAUAGGUUAAUUAAUAGAAGAGUAGGCGUUAGGGACCGACGACAACUUGCGUUGACGAGUGGCUAACGAUCGAAGAUUCGAAAAUGCGCCAUGUGUUUUUGUUAAUUAUUUCUUUGAAAAGGGAGUUAAAGGAAACAUGCUUCCCCCAAGCUUCCCCCAGCAUGGUGGGAAAAUUGUGUAUGAUCGCGCCCGGGAAACGAAAGAUCGUAAAUCUAGGUAGCGUCGUGGAUCGUAGUCUAUGAAUCAUUUAUGUUACGAUCAUUAAAUUGAAAUCACAUCAAAGUCACCUGCGGACGAGUUUUUGGGGUUUUUUUUUUGAGUUUGGUUGGAUGAUCGAGCAAAAGGAAGGCGUCAUUAUUAUUUUUGGUUUGUUUCGUCGCUAUUUUCCACACGCUUUCCGUGGCCAAAUUUUUCGAUUUCCGUGCGUCUGUGAGUGUGUGUGUGUGUGUGUCUGUGUGCGUGGAGGUCACUUUCACGUCAACGGUUGGAAAACGGUUCCCCGAUAAUGCGUAAGUGUAUGUGAAUAAGUGGUUUAAGUCGUAACUUCCCGAAUGAAUGUGAAAAUAAAUUAAA